GAGCCGCCCCGCCUCGGGAGAGGCGGGCCGGGCGGCGCUGGGAGUAUUUGAGGCUCGGAGCCACCGCCCCGCCGGCGCCCGCACCUCCUCGUUAGCAGCCGUCCGGAACCAGCCAACGAGCGGUGAGCGGCGCGGGGCGCUGGGGACGCGGCUCCGGCCGGGCAGGGGAAAAUGGCAGACAAUUUUUCGCUCCAUGAUGCCUUAUCUGGGUCUGGAAACCCAAACCCUCAAGGAUGGCCUGGCCCAUGGGGGAACCAGCCUGCUGGGGCAGGGGGCUACCCAGGGGCCUCCUAUCCUGGGGCCUACCCCGGGCAGGCACCCCCAGGGGUUUAUCCUGGACAGGCACCUCCAGGCGCCUACCCUGGAGCACCUGGAGCUUAUUCCGGAGCAUCUGGAGUCUACCCAGGGCCACCCAGUGGCGCUGGAGCCUACCCAUCUCCUGGACAGCCAAGUGCUCCUGGAGCCUACCCUGCCACUGGCCCCUAUGGCGCCCCUGCUGGGCCACUGUCUGUGCCUUAUAACCUGCCUUUGCCUGGAGGAGUGGUGCCUCGCAUGCUGAUAACAAUUCUGGGCACGGUGAAGCCUAAUGCAAACAGAAUUGCUUUAGAUUUCAAGAGAAGGAAUGAUGUUGCCUUCCACUUUAACCCACGCUUCAAUGAGAACAACAGGAGAGUCAUUGUUUGCAAUACAAAGCUGGAUAAUAACUGGGGAAGGGAAGAAAGACAGUCAGUUUUCCCAUUUGAAAGUGGGAAACCAUUCAAAAUACAAGUACUGGUUGAAUCUGACCACUUCAAGGUUGCGGUGAAUGAUGCUCACUUGUUGCAGUACAAUCAUCGGGUUAAACAGCUCAAUGAAAUCAGCCAACUGGGAAUUUCUGGUGACAUAGACCUCACCAACGCUUCAUACACCAUGAUAUAAUCUGAAAGGGGCAGACUAAAAAAAAAGUCUAAACCUUACAUGUGUAAAGGCUUUAUGUUCACUGUGAGUGAAAAUUUUUACAUUCAUCAAUAUCCUUCUUGUAAGUCUUAAUAAAUAUUAUAGUGAAUUACCUGUCUCAA